AUGCUCUCCGCGGAAGCUGCAGCGUCGGCAAUCGACACCCCGGCCACCGCUCUCGGCGACGCCACUAUCAAGAAGUCGCUGGAGGAGGUGGAGGAAGACGGGCCGUUGUCCUCAAAGCACGGCGAUAUCAGCGGCGGCAGCAAGCCUCUCCCGCUCGAACGCAAGUUGAGGCCCGAUGUCCGGACCGAGGAUGACUCUGACUCGCCGGAUCUAUAUUUCGACAGCAUCAGUUCGAGCAUCCCGACCGUCCUGCUUGAAGGAUGCCUAAUCCCCGCGGAUAUGACCUCCGUGAAGGUGAAACACGACAAGCCGAAGACCGGCAACAUCGCCGAGCACGCUAUCGACGGUGACCCUUCGACCUGGUGGGGGAGAAGAGGCAUAAACAGGUGGAUGGACAUCGAAUUCGAGGGCGGCGAGGACGGCGAUUCAGACGUCAGUGGCGUAGCCAUCGCCUUCUUUCGUGGGCACAGGAGGAGCGCCUUUUUCGAUAUGACCCUGUACGACAAGUACGACAACGUCGUAGCCAAGAGGAAGGACAUCGAGAGCGGAGGGCAGACCCAAGACUACGAGACGUUCUACUUCGAGGAGCACGCGGAGGGGUCCAAGGUCCGUCUCGACUUCAAGGGCACCACGGCAGGAAUAUGGAACGCCGUCGCGGAGGUGUCCAUCUGUCUCCACAACAUCGUCACUCCAGCGCCGGUGUCCCCGCCGACCGUGCCACCGUUGACCUCGUCGGGAUUGACGUACGUGGGAUGCUUCAUGGACGACGACACGGGGCUGACGAGGUUCCUCGACGACAAGAGCAUGCAAGACGAGAACCUCACGCCUCAAUCUUGUGCGGAGUUCUGCUCCGGGUACAAGUACAUGGCGCUGCAGUACUCUCAGGACUGCUUCUGCGCGGAUACGUACUACACUGCCGAGAGGGACGCGAUUCCAACCGACACCUGCAACAUGCCCUGCAAAGGUGACGAGAACGUCAUUUGCGGUGGAGCGUGGUCCAACUCGAUCUACAUCGUGGGGGACCCCACGGAAAUGACAGAGGAGGAGCUGGCGGCGCAAGAAGGACCGAAAGAGAGCGACGGCGUCCCUCGGAGGAAGUUCACCGUGAUCAACAGCUGCUUCGAGCAGGUCAGACUUGGGGCCACCGGAGGGUACGUGAAGGCUCUGGACGACCCCACCGUGGAGUCGUGUCCCGAAGGGAGCGUGCUCGACGAAGCGGUCGGGGCCUGUUUCUGGGGGCUACCGCUGCCCGAAGACGACAAGACUUUCGACAUCGAACCAGGAGGGUCCAUCGAGGUCAUCCUCGACAACAAUGCCGUGAACGGUGUGCGGUGGAGCGGCAACAUGUGGGCUGCGACCGGGUGCCACAGCAAAGUGGGCUGCGAGACGGCCUCCUGCCUGCGGAACAUCGGCUACCCGGACGGCUACUGCCCUCCCUCGACGGGACCCACCGGUCCCGUCACUAAGGCCGAGUUCACUCUGGUGGACACGGGGGUGGACUACUACGAUGUCACCGCGAUUGACGGCGUGAACGUCCCCGUCGAGAUGAAGCCCGAUCCGCUCAGCUCGCCGUUGGAGAAACUUGAAGACCCUUACUGGUGCUCCAACCCUGGAGGCGUUUCUUCGAUGAGCGAAGAGCUCGAAGGGUGCACUUGGGAGUUCGACGCGACCGAGAUCGACGGCUUCCCCGACCACGACAUGUCCAUGUACCUCCGCUGGGUUCGAAACGACGGCCUGUUCACCGACUGCGAAGACGACUCUGACUGUGAGGAUGUGGAAGGCGAGGGUGUCGGGCAGAAGCUUAAGUGCGGUGCGCUCUUCGGGCAGGACACGCUCAACGGCGGUGUCACAGAAGAGAUGUUCCCCAAGAAGUGCGGCUCCAACCUGGGGUGGCACAGCCCCAACGCCAUCUGCGGAAAUUCGAGAUCGAAGCCCCUUGGGUACUUCCCCAACUCGUUCCCUUUCAUGUGCGACAAACACACGAUGCAAGUGAUCGGGGACAACUCUACCUAUUCCGACAUCUAUGGCUGCGCUGGCCCCAUAUAUGGGCUGUCCGGGUACAGCAGGAACGCGGAGGACACGGCGUGCGGCUGCCCCGACUGGCCCGCCUUGGGCAUCAACGCCCCGUCGGAGUCUACUUGCUACGGCAAGAACCCAUACUGGGAGGCGCUGUCCGUGCCGUGGCUCAAGUACCUCAAGCGCGCCUGCCCCACCGCAUACUGCUUCCCGUACGACGACCACUCUUCGACGUUCGUGUGCCGUAACGAAGACGAGAACAACGACCACGACGGCAAGAACAGCAUGUCCUACACCAUCGAGUUCUGCCCCGGAGAUUCGCAGGGCAACCUUCUAGAGUGGUGA